AAUAAUUUCAGAAUGAUAAGUUAAAUCAAUAUUUUUACAGAUGAAAUAAAAUCUUAGAUUUUUUUUAAUGAAAUAAAAUUGUAAAUUCAAAAUGAAAUCACUCUUAUGCAUACAUUCGAGCUUAGUGCCCAAAGUGCAACAGCUACGAUGCCUAACUCAAACGUGUUUAAGCGGGCCAAGGCAUUUGAUUUGUUUCAAGAACUGGAGCGUCGAUCUUAUCAUGGAUGUGAUAGAGAGCGCAUUAUGUUUGAAAUGUCGUUUGCAAGAUACACACGGGCAAAGAAUGGACGUGUUAGAAAACUCCAAAGUAAUGAUUUUACAAGAGGUUAAUGAACCGUUUUUGAACAUGGCUGUUUCAAAAGCGGCGACACUGCUCGGCGCGUAUGACGUCAACAUUACUGACCAGUUGGUCUGGGAGAACGAUUAUAUGGGCAGGGUAUUUUCGUUAAUGGCAGACGCCAUAUUUGUGUCAACGAUGACGCACAUGUGCGCACAGAGGUUCGCCGCACAGUCCACAGUGCCCGUGCUGUGCAUGCGCUCCAGGACGCACGCCACCAUACAAGCUCUAGCUACCGUCAUGGCAGUGUUCGAACAAUUUGGUACGCUGCGAGGGAUAAAUGUGUCGUAUUUCGGAUCUCCACAUCCAGUUUUGAACUCCUACCUACUGUUAUGUCCGAUGCUUGGCGCUAACCUUAGAUUCAGAUGUUGUUGCGAGAAAUGUCCAGUAAGUCCACUGCUGUAUAAAGCAAGCGAGGAAAUAGUGGAACAUACGCACACACACCUCAAGCAAUGUUCGUGCAAAGACAAUGCCUUGCAAAACGCAGACGUGGUUAUAUCAGGUCCGAGCAAUCCCAAGAAAAUUGAUGAAUUCAGACUUUGUAUCAGGGACAUUGAAUCAAAUACAAAUAAGCCCUGGAUAUUCUUCCACACUGGUCCUCGAGGCAAAGAAGUUGAUGACCAUCUAUUUGAACACAAAAACUCUAAGACUUUCACUGCAUUUGAAAACUUUCAGUACAUUGCUGCGGCCAUGAUGGCAUAUGUUAUGAAAAAUUAUAAAUUUUGAUUAAUAAACAGUUUAAGUA